AGCGGUUUCCUGAGUCACGGUGGAUUGCCCUUACUUAACAUGGCGCUGGCCAGCGUUCUGGAGCCGCAAUUCCCCGCGAAUAGGCCCGGCUUUUUCGGCCUGGGGGCGCUGGGCCCUCUCGGCGGGGAGAAGGAGUCGGGGGGCCUGGCACUGGCCGCCCCUUACGCCGGGCUGACCGCGGGCGACCCCGGGAUCGAGCUGCAGCACGGGACCACCACGCUGGCCUUCAAGUUCCAACAUGGUGUGAUUGUGGCGGCGGAUUCGCGGUCGACGGCCGGUGUCUACGUUGCUUCACAGACCGUCAAGAAGAUCAUCGAGAUUAACCCGUACCUGCUGGGCACCAUGGCUGGGGGUGCAGCGGACUGCAGCUUCUGGGAGCGGCUGCUUGCCCGGCAGUGCCGCAUUUAUGAACUCCGCAACAAGGAGCGGAUCUCGGUGGCGGCUGCUUCCAAGCUCUUGGCCAACAUGGUGUACCAGUACAAAGGCAUGGGCCUGUCCAUGGGGACCAUGAUCUGUGGCUGGGACAAAAGAGGACCAGGUCUGUAUUACGUGGAUAACGAAGGGAAUCGCAUCUCAGGAACAUCUUUCUCGGUGGGCUCUGGGUCUAUCUAUGCCUAUGGGGUGAUGGAUCGUGGCUACUCACACGACCUGUCUGUGGAGGAAGCCUAUGAUCUGGCCCGCCGGGCAAUCUAUCAAGCCACCUAUCGUGACGCUUACUCGGGUGGCUCAGUGAACCUGUACCACGUACGCCCAGAUGGCUGGAUCCGUGUCUCCAGUGACGAUGUAUCUGAUCUGCGCAAAUUGUUCCUUGACGCAGCCACAGAGGCAGUGGCUUGAGACAGUGGACUUAAAGCUGGCGGGGGGGGGGGGAGCAACCUGGGUCUAUGAAGGUCAUUUGCUGGGGAGUAUUUUCAAAAGCGAAAUUGUAGCUCGCCUGUUAAAGAAGGGUAAGGGCCCACUGGUUGCCCUAAAAUGGGAAGACAUUUGAGCAGUGUUUCAUGCAAUAAAAUGUUCUUCGGGAUUA